AUGUCGUUAAGUUGUGCGGUUUUUUACUUCUCAUUUCUUGUUGUCUCGGUGCCGUGCGCUUUGGCGAAUGAAGGAGUUCUCGAUAAAAUCAAGGCAGGUCUGCAAAAUGCUAGGAAUUACUUGGAGACAGCCCGAGAUAUAGCAGACCUGGUUUCAAAGAGUUUGAGGUCCGGGCAAACUCAGAAGAAACGCGGCGAUGACGCAAACUUUGGUGAUAAUCAAUAUAACAAACCAUUUGAGCCGACCAACUUGGUGUCAACAUUUUUUCGGCUUCUCGGAUUAGAUUCUAAGAAAGUCACGGCGGUUGCUAUAAACAGCUUUAUUUUUUUCGCUCAAAUGAUAAGUGAAUUUUUUAAAAUUACUCCAAAAGUUGAGCACGCCAGAUCAUUAAAUAAAGAUGAUUCUUUUAUGGAACCGAUUAGACUGAUUACGGAAAGUGACAAUGAAAAAGUUCAAAAUCUAUUUCAACAAGCAAAAGAUAAAAAUUUACCAGAUCGACUAGCUCUGUAUGCCAAUAAUUUGGAGUCCUCAUGUGUGAAACUGUUGUUGUGCAAAACCUCGCCAAUAAUUUGGGCAGCCCAGAAAUCGCUAAAAAAUAAUUCCAGAAGUGUUAAACGAGAUCUCACGUCUUGGCUACCCUCGAUAGAAGAAUUCGAGGAUUACUCCGACGUAUGUGAUGAUAAGCAUACAGAUUGUCCCAUACCUUACCAGAAUUUGUAA